UUAUAUUGAGAUGGGGAAAAGGCUUUUAUUUGUUAUUGGUGAGCGUUCAAAGCCAUCGGUCUUGCUUCUGUUUAUCGUGGCUGUGCCCUCCCUUACCUCGUGCCACCGCCCCUCUCUCUGAGGAGAGUGAGAAGAGGGACCUGGAGAAAGCGUCUGUUCGGUGAUCGCUUGAUGAAACAUGACGGCAGUGCUGGACAUCAACCAGGUUUUGUGUGCAGUGAGCAGUGUGGAGCAUGACAUUGAGACUCUUCACGGUGUCCUUCAUGUGACUUUGAGAGGGACUCCUAAAGGCAACAGACCGGUCAUUCUGACCUAUCAUGACAUUGGACUCAACCAUAAGUCAUGUUUCAACACACUGUUUAACUUCGAGGACAUGCAGGAAAUCACCCAGCACUUUGCUGUGGUCCAUGUUGAUGCUCCAGGCCAGCAAGAAUCUGCCCCUCCAUUCCCGACCGGGUACCAGUACCCAACCAUGGAUGAGCUUGCCGAGAUGCUGCCCUCAGUUCUGACCCAGCUAAAGAUCAACAGUGUGAUUGGUAUCGGUGUGGGCGCGGGAGCUUAUAUCCUCACUAGACUGGCUCUGAAUGAGCCUGCUCUGGUGGAGGGGUUGGUUCUCAUCAAUGUGGACCCAUGUGCUAAGGGCUGGAUUGACUGGGCUGCCUCGAAGUUAUCUGGAUGGACCAGUAAUCUAGUAGACAUUGUGAUGGAACACCAUUUCAGCACGGACGAGCUGACAGAGAACCAGGAGAUCAUUCAAACAUAUCGUCUGCACAUCGCUCAGGACAUCAAUCAGGACAACCUGGCUCUCUUCUGCCACUCCUACAACAGUCGCCGAGAUCUGGAGAUUGAGAGGCCUGUCCUGGGACUUAAUGAAAAUACGGUCAAAACGCUGAAGUGUCCUGCCUUGCUAAUAGUUGGUGACACGUCACCAGCAGUAGAGGCUGUGGUUGAAUGCAACUCAAGGCUAAAUCCAACCAAGACUACUUUACUCAAGAUGGCAGAUUGUGGUGGACUUCCCCAAGUUGUCCAACCGGGUAAACUCGCUGAGGCUUUCAAGUACUUUGUCCAGGGAAUGGGCUACAUGCUGCGUUCUUCAGCGUUCCCUCAUGUGCUACUCAGCCACCUGAACAGCGAAUCAGUGCCCACUGCCAGUAUGACCCGAUUGGCUCGAUCUCGCACUCACUCUGCCUCCAGCAUGGGUUCGGCGGACAGCUCACGCAGCCGCACACAUACCAGUUCACAGAUGGAGGGCGCCACCGGCGGCCCUGUCUACGACAACCAGAACAGACCGCAAACCAUGGAGGUGUCCUGCUAAAGCACCCAGAACCAAGCCACCAUUUGAUCUGGGAUCAUCUGCUUGUUGAACCUCUGCUCCUCAGGCGGCUUUCUUUAUACCUUAGGGUUUUGUUUCCACUCCGUCUUUGUCUUUCAUUCCAUUUUUUUUUCCUCUUGUGGCCAGGAAGAGCUGGUCUAAUGAAGGGAUGCAUUGUUUGAUGUCUCGUAAACCAUGUAUUUUACAUAUUGGAAUAUCUUUCCACUGCAUGCAAGCAUACUAAUCUUUUGCUGAUGUUUUUACCUUGAAUUUGUUUGGCUUAGUACUUUACUACUCCUUUCUUUUAUAUUUGUCAUCCAUUGGAAAUUAAUUUUCACUCUCGAUGUGCUUCUCUUGUGUAUAUUUUGCUGGAGGCUGUUAUAUAUUGAACAUUUUGGAGGGUAUUCUCGUCUGUAGCGGGAGAGUUUUCGUCCCCUCUCUUACUCUCUGUAAGGUCUUCCUGCCCCUUGUGUUUUCUACAGAGAUGACCAAACUAAUUAAUUUCCUCUUCCUUUAAUUGUUUCUUCAGUGCUUCAUUUUCUAGACUGAUUUCUGGCUCUUUUAGAGGGUUUCUACUGCUCUCACUUUGUCAUUGGCUAUUAUGGUAUGAUUUUAAUGGACUGUCUGCUAUUCAUAGCCUUUCUAGAAUAAAAUCUAAUGAUUAGCAUGUCCCUAUUUAAAGUGUACAAUAGACAUUUAUAUUAUUAUGUUAUUAUUAUGUUAAGAUAUUUCUUUAAAUGGUUAAUUCAAUUUGAUUGAAUUUAAUCAAUCUGAUUCUGUUUACAUGGAGAGUUUUAGACCAGAUACCCCUAAUAACCAAUACUCUGCGUAGAUUUGCACUUAAGUUCAUGUAAAUGAUUUUUCACAGCCUGUGCUUGGGAGAUGAACUACACCAAAACCACCAGUGACUGAAGAUAAGAUCUGUAGCCUGUUCAGAUAACAGUUGUAUUUACCCUAGAGGUAUAAAACAGCAUGAUUCCUCUAAAGGCACUGUACACUAGUAACUGGUAAAUGAUCGGUAUGCUUUUGGCUUAAGAUUCUUCAUUCUUUGAUGUUCCAGUAACCUCUGUUAGUUUCUAUAGUUUUAUUGUUCUUGGUCCUUAUUAGUUCAGUGGAUGGCAAUUCCCUGUUGAUUGCUGACUGUACCACUGCCUUGAGUGAGUUUGUGAUAAUGCCUUGUGCUUUGUCCUCAAGCAUUUAGAGGGCGCUGUACUGCAUACUACCUGCUGAGUGUAUUGAUUUGUACGAAUAUUGAAAUAAAGUAGUUGUAAAUUAAAA